CAGGCAGGCAGGAGGGAGAGGAACACGCCGCGACAGCAUCAGUCCACCCGUGACCGCGAACCGAGAAGCACCUCCGCGCGCCGCUGCCACCAGUAACAAACAGGUGAACACAGGUAGAGGUGGAGGGAAAGUGCUUCGCUAACAGGGUUACGGACACCUCUAGAAUUCAAAAGAGAACUAAGAAUAUCCAGAAACCAAGACUUUAAAACCAGAAAAUAUGAACAGUUACGGGAGUUAAAGAACUAAAAAAAACACUUACAGAAUUUUGAUACUUGGAAACAAAAAAAUUAUAAAAAAAACCCCUCAUAAACCCCCCAAAAAUGACAAUGAAUAUCUAGAAACCAAGUGCCUAAGAACUGAAAAUAUGAACACAUGAGGGGCUUACAGAACUAAAAACAUUACUUCCAGAAGUCUGAAACCUAGAAUCAAAAACACUUCCAAAAACUUCAAGAACUAGAAAAUCGGGAGCAAGAACUAAGAACCAGGAAUGCAUAAAUAAAUAAAAUAAUUCUAGAAUUCUGAUAAAAAAAACAAUAGACUUUCAGAACUCAAAGGCCUAAGGAAACACACACAACAAGAACUUUAGAACGAGAAAAAGAACCAAUAAAUAGAAGCCAAGAAACAAGGCCUCCAAAACAAGGACUCACACCACCACGCAGGACACUCACACCACGAGUCCUACACCCACUGGCGAGCCCGUGCGUCCCUGAGUGUGUCGUGGCGCGGUGCCCCCGGGAUGGUGGUGUGAUGAGCGGCCCGUCCCAGGAAGACCCUCUCCGCCCGCUCCUCCAGACGGUGUGUCACGCGGGGCUCAUCACUCUGGCGGCUGUCAUGGCGGACCAGGCGCACCAACUCCCGCACCUCGGCCUCAACAGACUCUCCGGCCUCCCCCUCCGCCAGCCGCCCGUCAGGCUCACCAACAAGGAGGCUGAAGGAAGGGUGAGCGGAGGGAUCCAGGAGACAGAGGAAGCGCAAACAGACACACAAACAGCCGCACAAACCUCACGUCUCUUGCCUAAUGAAAAGGUGAAAGAGGAUGAGAAAAGGGACACAAAUACCUCAAGCACCGGUCUCUUGUCUGACAGGGACGAUAAGGCAAUGAGAGACACACAACAGAAGACUCAUGCCAACAGUUCCCAGUUGCCUGACGCAGAGGACAAGAAGGAAGAGGCGCGAGAUCGACGCCUACCCAAGAUGGACCUCCCGUGCGCCCCGAUCUAUAGCUUUGACGAGGACGGGGACAUUCUGCAGUGUGCCGAGACGCCGAACCUCCCCGACGUCAACAGAAACUUCCCACACGGCGAAGAAACCCACGAAGCGACGCAAGGAAGUUUUACGGACAAGAGCGAAACUUCCACCGACAGCGCCGCGCCCGAGAAACCCAUUGAAAAAGCUCCAGAUGCUGAGGAAACCGAAGGAAGAAACUCCGUCACUUCUUGUAGCGCGGCGAGAGGGGAAACUCAGGAAGCGUCGCCAUGCCAGGAAAAUAAAGUCGAGGAAGAGGAAAAGGAUGCCGGAACCUGCAGCCACCCAAUCCUUGCUUCCGUGGGCGCUGCAGAGGAGACAGUUCCGGAUAUUGACUUAGCGGAGCAGACAGACACACACGACAUGCACGACAGCCCCGAGACCCGCGCCGUGAUGCUCCCCGAAGUGAGGGUGUCGGGGAGCCUCAAGGUCACGCCGAAGAUCAACCUCCACGCGAGCUCCGUCGAGGUGGAGGACGACUACCUGGAGAGUCACCUUGAGGACGAUCACCUGAGGGACCUGUGCGCCUCCCUGAUGGCCGAGUGUGGCUGGCAGUCCCGGGCACCCUCCACGCAGGGCCCCGUGAUGGGUCUCCUGAGCGUGGCGCAGCAUGACCCCGUGACCAGGAGGACCCCAAAAGUGCCCUUCGACGCGGUGGUUUUCACGGAACGCAAACCCUCCACCGGGGACGCCCUUGUGCUCUCCCUCGGCCUGUCUGCUGACGGGGCCAACAGCAUCCAGGAUAUCGCAUCGAGGAACCAGGGCGCGGCCAGGGAGCGGCUGCAGCAGAGCGAGGUGCUGCCGGCGGAGGUGAAGCUGACGCGGCACUGCGAGUCGUGCGGCGUGUCCCCCGAGGAGUGCCUCAAGAAGCUGGGCCUGCACACGGAGGUUGCCAGACCCGUCGCCUCCCCCAAAAGCGAGCGGCUGCUACACUUCUUCAAGCACAUCCCGGUGGACAUCCAGAGUCGGGUCGCCGCUGCCGCCGCCGCCGCCGCCGCCUCCGCCACCCCGCUCUCCGACCACGAGUUCCGGGAGGCCAUCACGACGUCAAAGCCGAAGAGUCGAAGUCUGUCCAGCUCCCCAACCAACGUCGAAGACGAUGGGCGGAAGUCGCGGCUGGUGGCGUUGUAAAGGGCUGAGCGGAUGGUUCUUUUCAGCCUCCUCGAGUGUGUCUGUGUGUCUGUGUGGGAGUUUAUAAUACUCUUCCGUCGUCGAGUGUGUGUGUCUCAAGUGUUUUGUUUUUUGUUAUUACUGUUGUUGUCAUUAUUGGUUGUUGCUUUUGUUUUUCGUUUUUGUUUCAGCUCCUGUGUAAUUUUUUUCCUUCUCUUACUUUUUCUCGUCUGGUUUUUCUUUAUUUUGGUUUACUUUAUCUUCCUUUUUUUAUCUUUCUUCUGCUCUUUCUUUGUGAUAAUUCUUUCUUUUUUUCUUCCGUCCUUUUGCUCACUUCUUUUUUUUUUCUUCUUCUUCUCCUUUUGCAUCUCCACAUUCUAUUUUUCUUUUCUUUUAGUUCUUGACGCAUUGGCUUUGCUCUUGAAUUUUUCCUUCACUUUCUCCUCUUUUCAUAUUUCCUUUUUCUUUCUUUUUUCUUUUAGUUCUGUCUCGUCUGCCUCUCCUUACUUAUUCAUGUUUCUUUUCGACACCUUUCCCCUCCUCCUUUUCCUCCUCUUCCUUGUCUUUUUGUCUAAUCUUCUUUUCUUCUUCUACUUCUUUUUCAUUUUCUUCUGCUUCAUCUUCUUUUCUUUUUCAACGAGACGUGUCCGGAACAAGUUGACGAUCCGUUUAUGGACUUAUUAUAUAUUGAUUUUAUUCACUGAGUUUUUCGUUUUCGUUUUCGUUUUCGUUUUCGCUUUCGUGUGUGUGUGUGUGUGUGUGUGUGUGUGUGUGUGUGUGUGUGUGUGUGUGUGUGUGUGUGUGUGUGUUAAUAUUGAAGUAUAUGCGAGACUGUUUUUUCCACAUAUCAACUUUCUUGUUUACUGUUAUUCUUUUAUUUAAUGGAAAGUAUUUGUGUGAGUUACUUUCCUCUUCAUUCCUCUUUAAUUCCUGUUCAUCUUCCUCUUUUCUUUCUUUUCUUCGCCUUUGUUUAUUUUCUUUUUCUUUUUCCCUCUUUUAUUUAUUUCCCUUCCCUUUUUCUGCGUCUCAUAUUUUCUAUUUUUCUUCUUCUUGGUCGUUCUUGGUGAGUUCUUCUUUGCUCCUUAUUUCGUAUGUUUAUCUUCCUCUUUUCCUUCUUUUCUUCGCCUUUAUUUAUUUAUUUUUUCCUUUUUCAUCUCUUCUUUUUUAUUUUUUUCGCCUUACUCUUUAUUUUGUUUUUUAUUUCUUCUUCUUGGUCGUCCUCUACAUCUUCCUUUUUUUUCCUUUUUCCUGUUUUGUUCCUGUUCUUUUUUUUUCCUUCCUCUUCACCUUGUUUUAUUUUAGUUUUCAUUACUCUUCUUGUUUUAUUUUUUCCCUCCUCUUCUCCCCUUUCUUUUCUUCUUGUUUUUAUUUUUCUUAUUUUUCUGCCUUCCUUUUUCUUUUUUUCACUUUAUCUUCUCUCGAUUUUUCUUGUCACUGAAGUUUGCUCUCGUUCUAAUUGCUCUCUCUCUCUCUCUCUCUCUCUCUCUCUCUCUCUCUCUCUCUCUCAGCUUGUUGACUUCCAAACUUUCCUCUCAAUUUUUUCUCUUAGUUCCUCCUUGUUUUUCCCUCCAUGCGCGUCUCUCCAUAUUUCUUUUUCCCUCUAAACUCGACUCUCUCUCUCUCUCUCUCUCUCUCUCUCUCUCUCUCUCUGCUCGCGUCCUCGCCUUCAAAACCGUUUCCCAUUUUCUUUAUACUGUUUCAUUUUUCAAUUUUCCGUUUUCUUUUCUCGAGGUUUCUUCUGAGCUGCUGCGGAGACUUGGGAAAAUAUCGAAGGCGGUAUUAUUAUUAUUAUUAUUAUUAUUAUUAUUAUUAUUAUUAUUAUUAUUAUUAUUAUUGUUAUUAUUAUUACUAUUAUUAUUAUUAUUGCAUUCUUGAGUCACGCUGGAUCACAUAAAUUCGUCUUCUGUUAUCUCUUUUUAUUAUCAUUGCUCUUGUGUUUCCUUUUUCCUUCUCUUUUCCCUUUUACUGUGUUUUUGUUCAUAAUUUCUCUUAUUUUUUCUUUUUUAUAUUAUUUUUUCCUUUUUUUCUUCUCUAUCUAAACACACAAAAGUAGGAUGAAUAAAGAAAUGCAAAAAUAAAGACAAACAAAAAGGUAGAUAAAUAUAUGGAUGAGUAAAUACAAAAAUAAAUAAAUCUAUAAAUGAUUCAGAAGCCUCGACUCUAAGGAUUCGACUCCCUGCUUCACUUAUCAUCUUUAAGUCGGGUUCGGGGAAGGCAAGAGGGUGAGCAGAAACGAGACGAGGCGAGACGAGACAAGAGGAGACGAGAGAAGAAAGAGACGAGGCGAGACGAGACGAGAAACAGACGAGGCGAAACGAGACGAGACAAGGCGAGACGAGAUGAGACGAGACGAGACGAAAGGAGACGAGAGGAGAGAGACGAGGCGAGACGAGACGAAUGGAGACGAGGGGAGAGAGACGAGGCGAGACGAGGCGAGACGAGACGAGACGAGACGAAAGGAGACGAGAGGAGAGAGACGAGGCGAGACGAGAAAGAGACAAGGCGAAACGAGACAAGACGAGACGAGACGAGAGGAGGAGGAGACGAGGCGAGCUACAGAACGAGAUAAACGAGAUGCAGAACGAGACGAGACGAGAGAGGAGAGAGACGAGGCGAACUACAGAACGAGAUGAGACGAGAUACAGAACGAGACGAGAUGAGAGGAGUUGAGAUAAGACAAGACGAGGUGUGAUAAAAAAAAACGAGAUGACAAGAGACAAAAAAAUGAGGCAAACUGAAAAUAGAAGAGGAAACUAAAAAAAAAAAAAAAAAAAAAAAAAAAAAAAAAAAAGACGAAGUGAAAUGAAACAAGAAAUGAGAAGACGAAAAAACGAGACAACAAAAGACGAGACAACAAAAAACGAGACAACAAAAAACGAGACAAAAAAAAAAAGAGAAACGAAAAAAGGAAAAACGAGAAAAAAACAAGAAAAUAGCAAAACGAGACGGGGAAAAAAAGAACGAGGCGAGACAAGAUGAGACGAGGAGAGACGAGGCGAUACGCAAAGCUGAGCCGCGGGAGAUAAUGAGACACGAGGACAAACAGACAAAUUGAUAAGUGCCUUUGUUAUGGUUCCUGCCCCCCCCCCCUUCCCCCUCUUAUCCUGAAGACGCCGCGAAGGAUGAGGAUGAUGAUGAUGAUGAUGAUGAUGAUGAGGAGGAGGAGGAGGAGGAGGAGAAGUGACGAGGGCUAAUGCUGAUGAUUUAUUUCUCUUUUUCUUCACAUUUUUAUUUUUAUUUUGAUUUGUUUAGUUUCGUAUCGGUCCGUUUCUAAUUUCGAAGCAACUCUCUCUCUCUCUCUCUCUCUCUCUCUCUCUCUCUCUCUCUCUCUCUCUCUCUCUCUCUCUCUCUCUCUCUCUCUCUCUCUCUCUCGCAAGUAAGCUUGUAUACACGUGCCGGCCAUGUAUACUUAGUGUUUG